GAUUCCAUUCAACUCCAGUUCUCCAUUCCAACACACAACGGACCCUUAAUUCUUGCCGGAAAUUAUCUCAUGACAAUCCAAGCAGAAACCCACCAAAUCAAGAAACACAGUAAACACCCAUCAAGAAAGCAUAGCAAGAAGAAAGAUAGUGUUACUGUUGCUGUAAAUGAGAAAUCCCCUUUGAUUCCUAAGAAGAAAGGUGAUCACUUCAAUGGGGCGUCGAAGUCGGGGGCAGUCAUGAAUCUAUCCACCACCAUCAUCGGUGCCGGAAUAAUGGCGCUGCCAGCCACUAUGAAGGUCUUGGGACUUGCUCUUGGCAUCGCGGCUAUAAUUCUGGUCGCAGUUUUAUCGGAGGCCACCGUCAGAAUCUUGCUCAAAUAUAGUAGAGGUGGUGGAACAGAUUCUUAUGGAAGUUUGAUGGGCGAUGCCUUUGGAGAAGUCGGCAAGAAGGUCCUGCAAGCUUGUGUGGUCAUCAAUAACCUUGGUGUUCUUGUUAUCUACAUGAUUAUAAUUGGUGAUGUUGUGGCUGGGUCAUCUUCAAAUGGGUUGCACCACCCUGGUCUGUUGGAAGGCUGGUUCGGACCACACUGGUGGAAUGGCAGAGUCUUUGUUCUUUUGGUCACAACCGUUGGUGUUUUUGUUCCACUGGCAUCUCUUAAGCGAAUGGAUUCACUGAGUGUUACAUCCGGCUUAGCCGUGGCACUAGCCGUGGUUUUCCUUAUCAUCACUGCAGGAAUAGCGACAUUUAAAAUCGCAAGUGGUAGCCUCCCGAUGCCGAGAUUGCUUCCCGAGAUCAUAGAUAUUAACUCUAUCUGGAACCUCUUCACUGCAGUUCCUGUUCUUGUUACUGCUUAUAUCUGCCACUUUAACGUGCAUUCUAUUGGAAAUGAGCUUGAAGACCCUUCAUUCAUCGAACCAAUUGUUCAGAUUUCGUUGGUUUUAUGUACAAUCGUGUACAUAAUGACUAGUUUCUUUGGAUUUGUGCUUUUUGGUGAUGCCACAAUGGGAGAUAUAUUGUCGAAUUUCGACUCUGAUCUGGGUGUUCCUUAUAGUGCUGAGCUUAAUGAUGUUGUUCGUAUAAGCUAUGCUCUGCAUCUCAUGCUCGUUUUCCCGCUUGUAUUCUAUGCGCUACGUCUUAAUACAGAUGGCCUUUUCUUUCCAUCAACUCAGCUGCCGCUAGAAUCAGACAACAAGCGGUUUGCUUUCAUCAGUGUAGGGCUUCUUUCGCUUGUAUAUUUGGGUGCUAAUUUUAUACCAAGUGCUUGGGAUGCUUUCCAGUUCACAGGAGCAACUGCUGCUGUUUGCAUUGGGUUCAUCUUCCCAGCUGCAAUUGCAAUAAGGGAUACUCAUGGAAUAGCUACAAAAGGAGACAAGAUCUUGGCCGUGUUAAUGAUCGGUUUGGCCGUCUUUGCAAAUGCAGUGGCUAUAUAUAGCGAUGCGUAUGCCUUGUUCAAGAAAAAUCCAUCUCCUCGUGCUUGAUUUGUCGGGCCUUAUGAGCAAGUUUGUAUAAAUGAAUGUGUGCUUUUUUAAGUGUUAAAAGGGAAAUCAUUUGAACUCAAAUCUGUAAUAUAAAUUGAUAUUUGUUCC